CUUGAAGAAUAGCGUCGCUGUCAGAACAGCUGAACAAGAGCCGCUUGUUGAAGACAGACAGCUACAACAGAGCGUAGCAGCCGCAGUUCCAUCUAGUUCUCCUCCCGCAGAGCCGGAUGCCAAGGAGAAUUAGCUGAAGUACAGCCGCCACCGUGCCGUCCUGUUCUCAACGCUGUCGCGCUUUUCCAGUAUAUCUUUUUCUUUUAUUUUUAAUGGGAGGCUGAAGGAUACAGCUAUGGACGAGGCAUCUUAAAGCGACUCUCUCGUGACUGUCUCGAGGGUCCUCUCAACACUUUUCUAGUUUCUGUAAAGUUGUCCCGGAAGGAGGAAACGCAUUGUCCUAAUAAGGAGCCCGAGGGCCCCUGUCAGGAUGGUGAACAGCCAAGCUUCAGGUGUACCACCAGCUCCCAGGUCCUGUGCAGGAUGUGGAGGGAAGAUCGCAGACCGUUUCCUGCUCUUCUCCAUGGAGCGCUACUGGCACACACACUGCCUCAAAUGUUCCUGCUGCCAGGCCCAGCUGGGGGACAUCGGCACCACCUGCUACAGCAAAGGGGGCUUGAUUCUGUGUCGCAGCGACUACAUCAAGCUGUUCGGGGCAUGCAGCGCCUGUGGCCAGUCCAUCCCAGCAAACGAGAUGGUGAUGAGGGCACAGGGGAAUGUUUACCACAUCAAGUGUUUCAGUUGUGCCACCUGUAGAAACAGACUAAUUCCCGGGGAUCGCUUCCAUUACAUCAAUGGUACAAUCUUCUGCGAACAUGACAGGCCCGGCGCUGCUUUGCACAACAGCCACCUGGCCCCACUUCAGAGCAGCUCAGUACUGACAGACCAGAAGGUAUGUUAAGCGUGAAGGGUCCUAAAUGACGUCUUUCCAGCCUUCACCUCACCUCUCCUCCACUGCUACUUUUGCUGUUGUUGUAGUUAUUGUUGUGGAGCCUCAUUACUCUCCCUCUCCAGUCUCACUUUUUCCAGCGAGGCUCCAGUUCCCCCUGUAAGAUGUCUCUUCCCUCGCUAUUUCAGAGAUUUUCUAUAGAUCAGCGUCUCCAUUCUGUUAACACUCGAUGUUAAAGUUGUCUGUGCGAAGACUUCAGACUAUGUGGGGCUGCAGUGACAAAAAGUCUCCAUCAGGACUAAUCAAAGGUGGUGGAAAUUGUGAUUGAAAACCAGUAUGACACUGCAGAGAGAUCAAAAGACACCACUGUGGAAGUGUGAUGAACUUCUGUCAACUUACAAAAAGUGACUAAACUACAUUUGCCAUGUGAUUUUUUUUUUUUUCUUCUGUUGUUUUUUUUUAAUCUUUCUAACUGAUUAUGAGAUCCAAGCACUGAGAAGGAUGUCUAACAUUUGUGUAGCCGAAAAUGAUAAGUUAUAGGAGAGCCAUUAAAUGAUCCCAUAAUCAUUUACCCUCUGGGUAAAUGGCUCAUCAUCCACGCCUUAGACUGCACAAAGAAGUGCAAUAUCCUAGUGAUGGUUUCACUGUUAGUUGUUUUCUGUAAAGUUUCUUUAUCAGAUGCCUGUGUAAUGUGUUUAUGGGGGACAAAAAUCCUAUUAAAACAAUUUUCCUGUAA